ACGCCAGAAAGUACGGGCAAAAAUUGGCUAAUGAAAUGUAAACGAACUCCUCUAAACAACAUCAAUAAUUCAGUCACUGCAACGCAGUAUUACAGACACUAUCUUGUCUCGAAAGGAGCCAGGUGUGUUGCCCCGAUCGGACGCUCUCGGUAGUUAUCGAUCGGUAAAGUUAGUAGAUUGAAGUGAAACGCUGCACUAGGGGGGAUUCAACUAUAGCCAGAUUCUAAAUCUUACGUCAAGAAAGGCACACUUAUAGGGAUGCGAUGAAUGUGUUACUUUGCUCAAGUAUAGUUGGAAUAACAUUACCGUUUUAAUUUUGUUUUCUUCACGAAGUUGAGAUCUAAGUUAAAAGACAAGCAUGAAGGAAACGGAUUUAUUUAAAAUUAGGUAAAAAUCGCAGAACUUUAUAUUGAUUGUUUGCCAAAAAGAACGCAAAGGUCAUGGCCACAACACCUACGACCUUUGACCCUCGGGUGACGGAGAAUGGGGACAACAAACCCCACUUCCGGGUCCUUUUGAAGGAGAACUGGGUAUCGGUUAUGACGGACUGUCUGGUAUUUGGUAGCUUUGGGAUGGGUGUGGCUAUUCUGGGACCCACGCUCUUUGACCUCGGGUGUCAGACCAGUGCCAGUUUGCGGGAGUUACAAUGGGUGUUCUUUGUGCAACUUUUGCUGACGUUAGUUGGAUCUGUCUCCGCGGGAUGUCUUGCUCAAAGGUUGGUUCCGGUCCACGUGCUGAUGUUGAUCGGUAUGUUCGGCCUCCCCUUCACCAUGUUGCUGGUCCCCGCCUGUACCGAGUUCACCGAGCUCCUGCUCAACCUCAUGUUGAUGGGUUGGUGCAUGGGCUGCAUCGACUGCGUGGCCAACCUGAGGAUGAUUCUUAGGUUUGGGACCAACGUCUCCCCCUUUCUACAGGCAAUGCAUUUUUGCUACGGACUGGGGGCCUUCAUCAGCCCCAUGAUUGCCGCCCCGUUCACCCUAGACGUGGAGUGUUCUCAGCCAGUAAAUGGCAAAGUGACAUUGGAUACAUUCGAACCGACAACGAAUUCCAGUGGUGCACAAGUUCCCACCCAGGUGACGGUGUCCAGGGCGCAACACCUGAGUCACUCGGAGAGUGCUUUCUUUAUUCUCGCUAGUAUCCAGUUUCUUUUUACAGCUAUCGUCAUAGUAGUGGUGAUUCUGGAGAAGAAGCGAAUCAUCUUCUCGGGCGUCACGGUCUCACAGUCAGCCAGUAUGACGUCAGUGCGCGAGGCAUCGUCAGAACAAGAUCUCAGAGAUAUAAGUGGACAAACUCACUGUUUCUGCUUCGGUACCAGGGAAAUAGUAGUCAUUAUCUUGAUCACAUCGGCUUCUUUAUUCCUCUACGAUGGUUUACAGUCCUCGUAUGCAGACUACAUAUAUUCAUUCGCCGUGAAAAACGUCAACGGUUUACGAAAGGGAGAAGGCGCCUAUCUCAACGCUUGCUUCUGGGGGACCUUCGCUCUGGGUCGUCUGAUAGCCAUACCCUGUGCCACAAGACUCACCGCCGCCUUUAUGUUGUCCUGUAACCUGGUGGGUUGCAUCGUUGCUCUUUUCAUCACACUUAUAUUUCGCGGCAACCAUGCUAUAGCGUACUUUGGCACAUGCGUACUGGGCUUGUUCCUGAGCAGCAUGUCACCUACAAUUAUGUCACUUACAGAAUUAUUUAUUGACAUCAAUGCCCCUAUAGCGUCCUGUCUGGUCGUCAGUGCGGCGCUGGGUGAAACUCUCUGUCCGGUCAUCGUAGGAAAUCUGUUUGUGGCCUCGGGCCCGCCCAGUUUCCUGACUUUCUGCACGGUGUUGGCGGUCCUGUCCGGGCUUCUGUAUGGUGCUCUCUACUUUUUUGGAAGAAAUACUCCGAAAUACAGAGGAUUGAAGUCGGAAUCCUUUAUAUGGAUAACAAGAUUUGAAAACCAAUUUCAAAAAGAGGAAUCCAAUCCUUUUAGGCCAGUCGGUGUCAAAUACUACUCGGAAAAAGACUUGGAUACCAGAACAGCUCCCGAGGGAGAGGUGGACAACUUUCCGAAUAAUUUCGGUAAUGGUAAUUCAACAUACUCCCCCGGAUGACGUCAAAAUGUUGGAUUAGAAUUGACCAUUACUCUUUAUCCAUUUGAAUCCCAUUUUAUAAAGGUUUUCAGUUUAUUUUUGUCAUUGGCUAUUUAAGUCCAUUAUUAAAAAAAAAUAAUAAUAACUAAUGUAGAUUUUGUAAAGAUACACACUUACAUGUGAUAUAUGACGUCAUCUUUCAUUAUGUGGACAAAUAUCAAAAUGUCAUCAUUUUGGACAAUUGUCAACGAAAACAGUGCAAUUUUCCCAGA